UUUCCUUUUCCGUUCUGAUCCGUAGUCGGGUUGACAGGUACGUGUAAUGUUUACUGGAAUAAAUCGUCUGGUUUAACGAAUUUUACUAAGUUUUCACUUAAAUUAAAAAGACACAAUGCCGUCGGUUACACUAAAAGACGUUGAUCAAGCCAAAUUUGUGAAGGCGUUUUCGUCCUUCCUCAAAAAAACCGGAAAACUGCGCGUACCGGAAUGGGUUGACAUUGUGAAGACGUCGCGCGCCAAGGAGUUGGCACCGUACGACCCCGAUUGGUACUACGUGCGUUGUGCGGCCGUCAUCCGCCACAUUUACAUUCGCUCACCAAUUGGUGUCGGCUCCGUGACAAAGAUCUUUGGCACACGCCAGCGCAAGGGCACACAUCCAUCGCAUUUCUGCCGCUCCGCCGGUGGUGUUGCGCGUAAGUGCCUGCAGAGCCUGGAGGCUCUUAAGCUUAUCGAGAAGACCCCCGAUGGUGGGCGCAAGCUCACGCAGCAGGGCCGUCGUGAUCUUGACCGCAUCGCUGCUCAGGUGAAAGCCAAGGAGCGCAAAGCCAUCAAGGCCGGCAUCUUGACUUUGUAGAUAAAGAUAAGUUUUUCAAAUAAUAAAAAAAUUACAUAAAUUACACACAA